ACUUCCGCGCUGUGCUCCCAGCCCACAAUACGUUUCUGCAUGCAGAAUGACGUUUGCGUUAAUGUGAACUCUUGCAACGUGCGCAUGUAGUACAAAAUUCAAGCGCUUUCAGCUAUCGUAUUUCUUAAGAAGAACGGUAUUUUUUAAAUGCCGCCGUGGCGUUUACAUCCGAAAAUUGGCGACAAGUUCCGAAGUGGAAAAAAAGAAACCAAGAUGAAAAUUCACCUCGUGACAUGUUUGUUGUUUUUAAUGUUCGCAGGUGGUGAGGCGAGGGUGGUGUCCGUCCCCGAGGAGCCCCUGGUCCGAGUGGAAGGCCAGCCACUGUCACUGCGCUGCAAUGUGUCUGAGUAUGAGGGCCCCUUGGAGCAGGUGUUUGAAUGGCAGGUGUUCCAAGAGGGCAAGUCCUUCCAGCUCAUCUCCUUCAUGGAGUCCAGUUACACAGAUGCCCGCUUUGCCAAGCGUGUGGCUGAUGGCGAUAUCUCCUUGCUGAGGCUGGCUGACAGUGCAGCGGAAUUGAGGAUCAGGGUGCUCAGGGUCUCAGAUAGCGGAAUUUACACCUGCAGCACUCCAAGCACCGACAUGUCUGUUAGCGGCAACUACCAGGCCAGCGUGCCGCUGGAUGUGAUUAAGGACAGCCUCCAGGUGCUGUCCAUGGCUCCUCCAACUGAGAUUCCAGAGGGAAAUCCACUGGAUAUUCACUGCAUUGCCACAAGGGACUUGAAGCAGAACACUUAUCUUUCUGUGACCUGGUCUGUCAGGAGGGGCACAGCCCCCCCAGAAGACAUUGUGACCCUUGGACCUGAUGGGGAUCACAGGGUGGGUUCCAGCUACAUCCAGCGCCAUGCGGACAUGGGGCUUCUUCCACAGUCAAUGAAGGGCAACAUCUUCAGCCUGGUGCUGACUGAGACACGACCCAGCGACGAGGGGCAGUACACUUGCACAGCGAGGGAGUGGGUCCCUGAGGGGGGAGCACUUUGGCAGCCCAUCCUGGAGAAGAGUGCAGAGCUUGGCCUACUGAAGGUCAUGCCUAUUGCUGAGUCUUUGAAAGUCUUCUUGGAGAAGAACGCCACCCUGAACUUGCAUGAUACUCUUCACUUGACCUGCUCUGUCGCACUAAACAAUCAAGUGAAUAUUGGUUUGGAGGUCACAUGGCUGGUUGGACCUGACAAAGAUGGGUCUAAUACGUCUAGGAUUCUGGCCCAUAUGAAUCAGGACGGAGUGUUGGCAAAUGGAUCGGGCCCUGGGGAGAUCAGCCGGACAGGAUUCGAUGAGUUCCAGCUGCUGCUGCGCCAUGUGGACCAGUCCGACUCAGGGUUUUACUCCUGCAGGGUCCAGGCUUGGCUCAGACAGAGUGGUGGGCGCUGGGUUCAAGCAGCAGAGAAAACAAGUUACCCAGUUCACAUUUGGGUCACCACAAUGGAAGCAAAUUUCAAUGUGACCUUGAGCAGUCCCAUGACACCGCAGAUCCUGGGUCAGCCCAUGGUGCUGGUGUGCCAGAUGAAUGGUGAACCUCCUCCAGCUGAUGCUCAGCUGGGUGUCACUUGGUACCACCAUUCUGGUGCUGACACAGGCAUAGCACCUCAGCCCAUCGCUGCCAUAGACGAGCAAGGCGACCUGGUGCUGUGGGAUGACUACCGCCCCCUGUUGGAGCAAGGGCAUAUAGUUCUAUCAAAAGUCAAACCACGCAAUUUCAGGCUGCACUUCCAGCAGAUGCAAGACUCAGACCAAGGAACAUACCACUGUGCAGUCUCAGUCUGGACCCGUGUUCGGAAUGGGGGAUGGGCCAAAAACCAGGAGGUCCGCUCUGAGAAGUUAAGCAUCAAAUGGGAAAGCAAAAGCCCGAGGCUCUAUGUUGUGGCCCGUCGUUUGAAAGAGGCCUCCAGAGCUGGGGCCACGUUUGAGAUGAGCUGUCAGGUGAUUUCACAGCAUUUGCUGGACCCAGGGUACUCUGUUCUGAUCAGGAUGGAGGAGUCCAUCAGAAGCCAGCCCCGGAAGAUUGCUUCCCUGAGCCCAGACUUGGUCAUGAAACUAGAGGAGUGGAGUGAGCCCGAUCGUCUGGACAGUGUGGUUAUGGAGAAGAUUGGACCCAAGGAGUUUCGGUUCAGAUUAUAUGGUGCUAUGGUGUCCGACCGUGGAUUCUACUUCUGUGAUGUGACAGCUUGGACUCGUGAUGUGGGGAAGGCCUGGAGCAAGGCUGUUAAUGCAGCGUCCAACAGAGUCCAGAUUUCCUUCACCGACACAGGUCCCUCCUUCAAUGUUUCCAUUCACACGGAUACAGCCAACGUCUAUCCUGGGGAAACAACCAAGAUGGAGUGCAUCCUGGGAUUGCUGGGAGCAGCUCCAAAUGCAGGUGACGUGUCAUACGAGGUGCAGUGGUAUUUGAGCUCCCACCAUGCUUCAACUGGUGCUACCCUGCUGGCCAGCAUGGACCGCUGGGGUGUGGUGAGGAAGAGCCCCAGGAACAGCAGCAGUGACUGCAGCCUGGAGCGGGCAGAUGCCCAGACAUUCAGGCUUAGUGUCCACCAAACACAGGACUUGGACGCUGGUGAAUACCACUGCAGAGCCACACCCUGGCUGCGAUCACCUGCCGGCACCUGGACCAGGGGCAGUGAGCUCACCUCCACUAGGAUCUUCCUCAUUGUCCGUUUUGCUUUUGUUCCUCCCAUCCCUUCAUCUCCUCGUCCCGUGUCUAAACGUAGGAUUGACCUUCCCGGCUCCUGACCCACCGCGACCAACCCGACCACACUUUUGGAUUUUUCCUCAGGACUUUGGUGUACCUGGUUCCCUUAUUAAAGUGUUCUCCUGCAUUUCGGGGUCUGCCUCUUCCCUGAUUGCGAAGCCUGACAGAAUACUUCGCCUGUAUAAUUUGGACCCCGCAGAGAACCAGAGGCUGCAGCAGCAGGUUGACCAGCUAACCACCCUCGUCUCUCAGCUUAUGGAGGGACGGGCUGCCCAGGCUAACCUACCUGCUUCCCCACCAAGGGUGUCCACUUCUGUGCCUGUCGCAAUGCCUGAGAAAUAUGAAGGCAACCCAGAUCAUUGCCAGGCUUUCGUCAUGCAGUGCAGGCUGUUUAUUGAGGAACACCCUGAGCGCUUUACUGAUGAGACUGCCCGAGUUCGCUUUGUCAUCUCGCUCCUCACAGGACUCGAACGUGAUUGGGCUACAGCCCUGUGGAUGGAUGACAGUCCACUCCUAGAUUCAGUAUGCGAGUUUCAGCAGGCAUUUAAGGGGAUCUUCAAUCAUCCCGCCAUCGGAGAAAUUAUUUGACCUCAAGCAGAAUUUGCGCUGGAGUUCCGCACCAUAUCAGUGGGGCUUCGCUGGCCAGAGGAGGUUCUGAGGAUUCUCUACCGACGCCUUCUCAACCCGGAGAUAUAAGAUGAGCUGACGUAUCCCAAAUUGACUGGAGUACAAGUAACCGCAUGGUCGCCCCUUUGUCUUCUCCAAUGUAUGGCCCUGCCUUGCUGUGUCUCUUCAGUUGAGAGCCCUGAACCAGAGGACCUUUCUCAGAUUCUGGCCGAGUAUGCGGAUUUUCACGAUGUCUUCAGUAAGGCCCUGUCAUUUCAGCUACCUCCCCAUCGAGAGUGUGACUGUGCCAUCGACCUCCUAGAGGGGGCAUCACUUCCAAAGGGGCGCCUGUACAGGAGGAGGAGACCAUGGAGACCUAUAUACACAAAGGGCUCCAACAAGGUAUCAUUCAUCCUUCUAUAUCACCGGUCUUAGCCGGAUUCUUCUUCGUGAAGAAGAAGGAUGGAGGACUUCUCCCUUGCAUUGACUAUCGAGUCCUCAACACCAUCUCCGUGAAAAGAUGGGGACCCCUGCUGCUGAUCCCAUCAGCACUCGAACAGCUUAGAAGGGCCACAGUUUUCACUAAACUGGACCUCCGUAGUGCCUAUAACCUUGUGCGAAUUAGUCAAGGUGACAAGUGGAAGACCUCCUUCAUCACCAAUACAGGCCAGUAUGAGUACUGGGUGAUGCCUUAUGGGUUAGCUAACAGCCCUUUCUGUAUUCCAGGCCUUCAUGUAUACCGUGUUUCGGAAUAUGGUGAACUGGUUCGUGGUCGUCUACAUUGAUGACAUCCUGAUGCCAGCUGUAUGGGACGGCAUAAUCCGCUUGUCACCCAGAUAUAUAAAA